AUGAGUUCACCAGUCCCCAUGCCAACAGCUCGCCAAGGUACGGAAUAUAUCCAUCUCGAGCGCGAGGGCCAUCCGAUCGAAGCAUUGAGGGCGGCCGUAGCACUAGUCAGGGAGGAAGGCCUCAAUCCCUACCAUGCCGCAGAAUUACACUUGAAACUGGCCUAUAUCCCCGAAAUGGGACUUGACCAUGCCUCAGAGAGCGUCAAGAUUUUCACAAAGCUGAAAGAAACCGAUGGCAGUCGAGACAUUAGGUGGAAGUUGCAGGAGGCAGAAAACGCCAUGCAAGAAGCGCAAACGAUUGAGAAGGCUUGGUCGAAGCGUCUGAAUACAAUGUAA